AUGGCAGCCGACCUCGUUCUCCCAGGACAGCCCAUCCAGCUGCCCAGGGGUCCCGCCCCGCAGCUGGGCACCGGUGUCUACAGCAGGGACGGCCAAGUCAGAGCCAGUCUCCUCGGUGUCCCCCGCCAGGAAGGAUCUACUCUGACUAUAUCGCGAAUAACGCCGCGAGCCCCAGUGCCUAACUCGAUAGUGCUUGGUUCUGUCACUCGGCUCACACCCGUACAAGCUAUGGUCGCGAUUACAGUCGUCGACGGGGUUCCUUUGCCCCUCGGUGAAGAGUUUACUGGCGUCAUUCGUGCGCAAGACGUUCGGUCCACAGAGAAGGACAAGGUCAAGAUAGGUGAUUGCUUCAGAGGCGGGGAUGUCGUCAAAGGCCUGGUGAUAUCUCUCGGUGAUGCUAGGAGUUAUUAUAUCACCACUGCCCGUAACGAUCUUGGAGUGAUAUUUGCAACGAGCGAAGCGGGUGCUACCAUGGAGCCCGUAUCAUGGCAAGAAAUGCGCUGCCCAAUGACUGGGAGACUCGAGAAACGAAAAUGCGCUAAACCUGAGGGACUGUAGCUGCCCCACCCCUUAGCAAUACACGUAGGAUAGUCGAAUAGAGAAUACUAUACUGUAAUAAGAUGACAAUGAGGCAGAGCUCGUUUCCAUUGUGCC